CAAAUGAUGAAGAAACCGAGAAUCAAUUAAUCUCAAUCUUUUCGUUAGAAACAACCUCAAAUUUGAUCCUUUCAAUAAAAACAACAUUGUAAUAGCUUUGAAACCAUCUCCUAAAAACAUCACCAACCGGCCACAAAAGUUUCCUUAAUUAUAUAAACAUCCUCAGCACACCAUCCCCUCAGUUUAGGAGCACUUCAAAAUAUGCUAUGCAUUAAUUUGAAUUAAUUCUAAACAUUUUCUCAAAAAAAAAAAAGACUUUUUUAAAAAAUUAAUUAACGUCAAACAUGAAUUCGAAACAAGUCAUCACAAAAGGUGUUGUCGAAACGGUGAUCGACAUAAAGAAACCAGUGAAUUUUACGGGAGGACUCGAGUUUCAAUCUCUGACGUAUACGGUGACGAAGAAAAAGAAAGUUGAUGGAAAAUGGUCGAAGGAAGAAGUUGAUUUGUUGCAUGAGAUAACAGGUUAUGCACCAAAAGGUUGUGUGACAGCAGUGAUGGGACCAAGUGGUGCUGGAAAGUCAACUUUAUUGGAUGGACUUGCUGGGAGAAUAGCAAGUGGGAGUCUUAGAGGGAAAGUUUCAUUGGAUGGAAAUAUUGUGAAUGCUAGCUUGAUUAAAAGAACUUCUGCUUAUAUAAUGCAAGAAGAUAGGCUUUUUCCUAUGCUUACUGUUUAUGAGACUUUGAUGUUUGCUGCUGAUUUUAGAUUGGGACCACUUUCUGUUGCUGAUAAGAGGCACAGAGUUGAGAAGCUUAUUGACCAGCUUGGAUUAUCAUCAUCAAGGAACACCUACAUAGGAGAUGAAGGAACAAGAGGAGUCUCAGGCGGAGAGCGACGCCGAGUGUCGAUCGGCGUUGACAUAAUCCAUGGACCUUCACUCCUCUUCCUUGAUGAACCAACUUCAGGACUAGACUCAACAAGUGCACUAAGUGUGAUUGAAAAAGUGCAUGACAUAGCAAGAAAUGGAAGCACAGUGAUUCUAACAAUCCACCAACCAUCAUCAAGAAUACAGUUGCUUCUUGACCAUCUCCUCAUUCUAGCUAGAGGGCAACUCAUGUUUCAAGGCUCACUCAAAGAUGUGACUCAUCAUUUGAACAGAAUGGGAAGAAAAGUUCCAAAGGGAGAGAAUCCAAUUGAGAAUCUCAUUGAUGUUAUACAAGAGUAUGAUCAAUGUGAUUUUGUUGGUGUUGAGGUUUUAGCUGAGUUUGCACGUACAGGAAUGAAACCACCUCUUUUGAGUGACAUGGAGGAGAUUUCAAUGUCUAGUUCUGUUGUUGCACCUUCUCCUUCUUUGAAUAGAGAAAAAUCUCAAGAUUUUUCUUACUCAUCACAAGUGAGUAGGAGUUUGAAUGAUGAGUUUGAUCAUAGUUUAAGAAGUCCUUAUAAUAAUAAUACAUCAAGGUCAUGGAGUGCUAGUAAUAGUGCAGCUUUCUUGAAAUUCACUCCCUCAAGACUUAAAAAUGAGCACAAGGUGAAGAAGGCUCCAAGUCAUGUUGCUUCCCCUGGCUUCUACACAUACUCAAGUGAAAUCAUGCCAGAAACUCCAACACCACAUAGCAGUGACUAUACAUUGAAUGAAAAUGACUACCUCACACCAACAAAUGGAUCACAAGAACAUCUAGGCCCAAAGUUUUCAAAUUCCUACAUAGGAGAAACAUGGAUCCUAAUGCGCCGCAACUUCAUAAACAUCCGGCGAACACCCGAGCUUUUUCUAUCAAGACUAAUGGUCCUAACCUUCAUGGGAUUCAUGAUGGCUACCAUGUUCCACAAUCCAAAAGACUCAUUACAAGGAAUCACGAAUCGCCUCAGCUUCUUCAUCUUCACAGUAUGCUUAUUUUUCUUCUCUUCCAAUGAUGCUGUCCCUGCCUUCAUCCAAGAAAGGUUCAUCUUCAUCCGCGAGACAUCGCAUAACGCCUAUCGAGCUUCCUCAUACACCAUUGCAAGCCUAAUCACUCACAUGCCGUUUCUUGCACUGCAAGCUUUGUCCUAUGCAGCUAUAGUUUGGUUUGCUUUAGAACUUAGAGGUCCUUUUCUAUACUUUUUCCUUGUUCUCUUCAUUUCUCUUCUUUCGACGAAUUCAUUUGUUGUGUUUGUGAGUUCUGUUGUUCCAAAUUAUAUCUUGGGCUAUGCUGCUGUCAUUGCCUUCACUGCAUUGUUCUUUUUAUUCUGUGGAUACUUCUUGAGCAGUGAGGAUAUUCCGAUUUAUUGGCGUUGGAUGAACAAAAUUUCGACGAUGACAUACCCUUAUGAAGGACUAUUGAUGAAUGAGUAUCAAACUAAUGAUGCUUUUGGAUCAAAUGAUGGUAAACCUGUUACUGGUUUUGAUAUUUUGAGAAGUCUUCAUAUUGGUACUGAUGAGAUUAAGAAAAGGAAUAAUGUGCUUAUAAUGUUAGGUUGGGCUGUUUUAUAUAGGAUUUUAUUUUAUUCUAUUCUUCGUUUUGCAUCAAAAAAUCAAAGGUCAUAGUAGACUUUGUGUGUGUGAUAAAGUUAAACAAUUUUAUUUGUUUUGUAUACUGCAAACAUAUUGUUUGGAUGAUAUUUGUUGCUUCAAUGUAUUGCAUUUUGCAACAUGGUUUAUGAAUUGCAUGGACAUUGUAUUGUACCUUUUUCACAAUAAAUCAAAUCAAGGGAUAUGGUGGUUUCUUCA